AUGAUUAGAUAUCUAACAACGUUUAAGAAUUUCGUUCCCGCGACCAAGAAUUUAACAAGGAUGACCAGUAUUCAUAGUGCGUAUAAAGAGGACAUACACAAUGUACCGAUGUCCGUAAUUAUACGACCGUUUAUACCCGAGUUAGAUGAAAAUAAGGUUCAAUCUCUUAUAGAAACUAUUCAGAAAGAAGAACAGCAGGGGAUAGUACCACCUAUAGACGUGUUGUGGAUCAAAGGCAGGGAGGGUGGCGAUUACUACUACAGCUUCGGAGGUUGCCACCGCUUCGCGGCAUACACGCGCCUCAACCGGCCCACCAUACCGGCGAAACUUGUGCGGUCCACUGUAUCGGAUUUAAGAACAUAUCUUGGAAAUAUUUGCAACUUA